AUGGUAUUCAACGAAUUGGAUCCAAGAAUUUCUCGAGCAUUAUCGAAGCUUAACUUUCAUAAACCAACUUUAAUACAAGCUGAAGCGAUUCCAUUAGCGUUGGCCGGUAAGGACAUACUGGCGAGGGCAAAGACUGGGAGUGGUAAAACAGCAGCCUAUUGUCUACCAGUUAUUCAAAAGAUAUUAAAUAUUAAAGAGGCGAAUUUUGUAAAGACUGACUUUAUCGAAUUUAACUACAAGGCCAUACCUGAAUCUUCACCGGAUCGUGCUGCAAUCCGAUCUCUUAUUUUAGUUCCAACUCGAGAACUUGCUGAACAAGUUACAAAACACAUUAAUGAUUUUCUAACAUACUGCUCUAAGGAAAUAAAAGUAGUCAACAUAGCAAAUACCACACCAGUGCAAUUGCAAAGACCAAUUUUAUCAGAAUUGCCUGAUAUAAUUGUUGCAACUCCUAGCCGUGCAUUAGCACAUCUUGAUUCACAAAAUAUCGUUGUUCGUGACACACUUGAUUCUCUCGUCAUUGACGAAGCAGACCUUGUAUUGUCGUAUGGCUAUGAAGAUGAUGUACAGAAAAUAUUGACAUAUUUACCAAAGAUUUUUCAAUGCUUUCUAAUGAGUGCAACUUUAACGAAGAAUGUUGAAAAUUUGAAACAAUUAUUGUUGAGUAAUCCUGCUAUUUUAACAUUGCAUGAAGAAAAGGAUGAAAUUAAUCUUACACAAUAUUGUGUGCGGUGUUCUGAAGUUGACAAAUUCCUUUUAAUAUAUGUCAUCUUAAAACUUCGUCUGAUUAAAGGCAAAUGUAUUUUAUUUGUUAAUGAUAUCGACCGAUGUUAUCGUUUAAAAUUAUUUUUGGAGCAAUUCUCGAUCAAAACUUGUGUUUUGAAUUCAGAGUUACCUUUAAAUUCCCGAUAUCAUAUUGUUCAAGAGUUCAACAAAGGAAUUUAUGAUUACAUUAUCGCAACAGAUGAAAGUGAUUUAAAGGCAGAUAAUGACACUGACGACGAGGCUAUUGGAGAACAUGAUGAGACGAAAACUUCUGAUAACAAGCGUGAUAAAACCCACCUACGAAAAAAAGACAAAGAAUACGGGUCAUCUCGUGGUAUUGACUUCAUUAAUGUAACAGCAGUUAUAAACUUUGAUUUUCCAACGUCAGCAAAAUCCUACACCCAUAGAGUCGGGCGAACCGCACGUGCUUCUCAAAAAGGAAUGAGUCUAAGUUUUGUUGUUCCAAAAGAACUUGCGGGAAAACACAAAGUUGUAUCAUGCCUAUCGGCAAAGCAUGAUGAAGAGGUAUACGCUAGAGUAGAGAAGCAACAAUCAUUAGCAGGUGCGACUUUAAGACCUUAUUUUUUCGAUAUGAAGCAAGUGGAAGGAUUUCGGUAUCGUGUGGAAGAUGCCAUGAGAGCUGUUACACGUACUGCAAUUAAAGAAGCGCGAUUGAAAGACAUUAGAUCAGAAAUUUUAAAAUCAGAAACAUUGAAGACACAUUUCGAAGAUAAUCCAAAUGAUUUAAAAGCUCUUCGUCAUGACACAAUAAUUCAUCCUACACGUGUACAACAACAUAUGAAACAUAUUCCACCAUAUCUCAUGCCAAAAAUUGCGACACCCGCAGCUAACGUGUCAGCGGACUCUGCCCAUGUAAAUGGAGAAUCUGCGGAAUCAAACGAAUACGUUCCAUUUCGCAAACAAUCUACUAACAAACGUUAUCAUGGCAAGAAGUUGUUUAAAGGCAAAUUUGGCCCAAAG